AUGGACUUUGGAGUUAAGAUGCAGGGGGGUGAACCAGUGUCAACAAUGAAAGUCUCCGAGAGCGAAGGAAGGCUGGAGGGCCUGGCCACCGCGGUGACCCCGAACAAGAACAGCAGCAACAGCAGCUGUGGGGGUGGAAGCAGCAGCAGCGGCGGCAACCGAGGCGGCGGUGCCAAAGGCUGGCAGUACAGUGAUCACAUGGAAAGUGUGUAUGGCUAUUUAAUGAAGUACACCAACCUUGUCACUGGGUGGCAAUUCAGGUUUUUUGUUUUAAACAAUGAAGCUGGGCUAUUGGAGUACUUUGUGAAUGAACAGUCUAGAAAUCAAAAACCCAGAGGUACUUUGCAGCUUGCAGGAGCUGUAAUAUCACCCAGUGAUGAGGACUCUCACACCUUCACUGUAAAUGCUGCCAGUGGGGAACAGUAUAAACUCAGAGCCACAGAUGCUAAAGAGCGACAACAUUGGGUUAGCAGACUUCAGAUAUGUACACAACACCACACUGAAGCUAUUGGCAAGAAUAAUCCUCCUCUGAAAUCACGGAGCUUCUCACUUGCAUCUAGUGGUAAUUCUCCUAUAUCCCAGAGGAGACCCAGUCAAAAUGCCAUUUCCUUUUUUAAUGUUGGACAUUCCAAACUACAAUCAGUGAGCAAAAGAACUAACUUACCUCCAGACCAUCUUGUGGAAGUCAGAGAAAUGAUGUCUCAUGCUGAAGGACAACAAAGAGACUUAAUUAGAGGAAUUGAAUGCCUUCCUGCUUCUGGCCAUCUUAGUUCCUUGGACCAGGAUCUCUUAAUGCUCAAGGCUACUUCCAUGGCAACUAUGAACUGCUUAAACGACUGCUUUCAUAUUCUCCAGUUGCAGCAUGCAUCACAUCAGAAGGGCUCAUUGCCUUCAGGAACUACAAUCGAGUGGUUAGAACCAAAGAUACCUUUAUCAAACCACUAUAAAAAUGGAGCUGACCAGCCCUUUGCAACUGAGCAGAGUAAGCCAGUGGCAGUCCCAGAAGAGCAGUGCGCUGCAGAAUCUGGACUAUUAGCAAGGGAACCUGAAGAAAUAAAUGCAGAUGAUGAGGUGGAGGAUACUUGUGACAACAAGGAGGAUGACCUGGGAGCUGUGGAAGAGCAACGCAGCGUUAUCCUACAUCUCUUAUCACAGCUCAAGCUGGGCAUGGACUUAACAAGAGUGGUGCUGCCUACAUUUAUCCUAGAGAAGCGUUCCCUGUUGGAAAUGUAUGCAGACUUUAUGUCUCAUCCAGACCUGUUUAUAGCCAUCUCUAAUGGAGCAACAGCUGAGGACAGAAUGAUUCGUUUUGUUGAAUACUACCUUACCUCAUUUCAUGAAGGCCGUAAGGGAGCCAUUGCUAAGAAACCGUACAAUCCUAUCAUUGGAGAAACGUUUCACUGUUCCUGGAGGAUGCCAAAACGCGAGGUAGCAUCCAGUGUCAUUAGCAGCUCUUCCACCCAGGCUGUCACAAAUCAUUCUCCUCCAUCAGAGGAGGCUUUGAGCCAGGUGGGAUCAGACUGUUACACAGUCAGAUUUGUUGCUGAGCAGGUUUCCCAUCAUCCUCCAGUCUCAGGAUUUUACGCAGAAUGUGCAGAGAGGAAGAUGUGUGUAAAUGUGCACGUCUGGACUAAGAGCAAAUUCUUAGGCAUGUCGAUAGGUGUGACAAUGGUUGGGGAAGGAAUCCUCAGUCUACUAGAGCAUGGAGAAGAGUAUACGUUUUCUCUACCUUGUGCAUAUGCCCGGUCAAUUUUAACUGUUCCUUGGGUAGAACUGGGUGGCAAAGUCAGUGUCAACUGUGCAAAAACUGGGUAUUCAGCCAGCAUCACUUUUCAUACUAAGCCAUUUUAUGGUGGCAAACUGCACCGGGUUACAGGUGAAGUAAAGCACAACAUCACCAACACUGUUGUAUGCAGAGUACAAGGGGAAUGGAAUAGUGUUCUUGAGUUCACUUACAGCAAUGGAGAGACGAAGUACGUGGACUUGACUAAAUUGGCAGUGACGAAGAAAAGAGUAAGGCCUCUGGAGAAGCAGGACCCAUUUGAAUCCAGGCGAUUGUGGAAAAAUGUGACAGACUCUCUGAGGGAAUCUGAAAUCGAUAAGGCCACAGAGCAUAAACGUACCCUGGAAGAACGCCAGAGGACUGAAGAAAGGCAUCGUACUGAAACAGGCACACCUUGGAAAACCAAAUAUUUUAUUAAAGAGGGAGAUGGCUGGGUUUAUCACAAACCCCUUUGGAAAAUAAUUCCAACAGUACAACCAGCAGAGUGACACACACUAUCUAAGACUCGACCAAAUGAACUUCUCUAUUUACCCUAAACUCUCUCAGAAUGGAGUCAUUGCACUGAGUGACCUGCUUCCUGAUUGCACAGACUGAAACUAACUACACACGAAUGUACCAAUUAGGGCACCAUAGAACUGCAGCAAGACCAAAGUGUUGAAGAAGCACGAUGGACCUCUCACCAAGCCGUUCAUGUGAUGUGAGCAAUAUCAUCUGAAGCCCUUUCACCUGAAUUAUUAGAUGAUUAAUCUUUUAUCCAGUUCCUGCUCCAAAAGCUAAGUUUGAAUCCCCUCUUUUUGCAUGGGGGCAGCAGAUAAACACAACAGUGAGAACUCAGUGAUUUUGAUUUCUUUGUAGUGAAAAUUGAAGUCUCUUUGAGAGUUUGUGCUUUGCUUUCUGUCAGUAACUGAAGUAUUCAAUACUCUUACAACAAAUCAAGAGGAGCAAGAUGACCCAGAAGUGGCUUCAGCCAUUGUGCCUGAAAUCAGUGUUAAAAAAAAGUCAACCAGGUUGUCGUAAUAAGGCAUUCUGUUCCUUCAAAGAGACUGUGUGCCUGUGUCUGAGGAACUUAUCCAUUAUCCACCUCUGUUGGAACUCUCUUUUAAAAAGUAUAUUUAUAAAUUGAUUAGAAUUAUAACCAUGGAGAAUUUUUUCUUCUGAGCAUUUUAAUAUACUUGAAAACAACAUUGACUUGAAAAAUUUCAGAGCAUUUUUCAAUACCUAGUUUUAUUAAAUAUUAUACUUGAGAGACAGUUUUUUAAAAUGUGGUCAAGUCAAUAUGAUGAGAUUUUGGCCCUUCUCAAGAACUAAGGCAUUAAAGAACAAGCAAAUAUUAAAAAAUAAGACUUACUGUUUUCCUUACCUUUUUUUCACUUGUAGGUUAAUAUCCAAUAUUACGUGCUAUCCCUCUGGAUAAGUAUGCUUUAUCUUACCUCUGUUCACUCAAAAUUUAAAACAACUAUUCAUAUUUGUCAGUAAUUCAGAAGUUAUAUAUGUGACUAAGUGCAUGUAUGGUAUGUUUUGUUUUUUCAAGGAAAUGCAAAUGCUGAAGAAACAGUAUGAAA